AUGGUGCUGGAAUCAUGGACCGCCAGGGUCGCUCUCGGCUUGGUGACAACUCUGCUGGUGUAUCUCUGGAAGAUCAACCGCGCCAUGUCGACCUCUUACCCUGAGGCUCUGCGGAUUUCGCCGGACCGAUGGACACCAGAACAGAUCAAGCGAACCUUUGAGCGAAUGGAGAAGCAGCCCAUCGACUGGACGCCGCAUCUGCCGCCUAAGCUGGACAGACGUUACAUCGUCGUCGGUGGCGCUGGUUUGGUCGGAGGGCAGAUCGUCAUCCAGCUCAUCGCGCGUGGCCACCCGCCAGAGGCCAUUCGUAUCAUUGACUUCCGCAAGCCCGGGCGCGACGACAUGAGCGAGGGCCCGGUGUCCAGGGUCGAUUUCGCGCAGGCCGAUAUUUCAUCAGAGUCGGCGACCUCCGCAGCAUUCGCCAAGCCAUGGGCCGAGUCCGUCACCCGUCUUCCGCUGACAGUGUUCCAUACCGCCGCCGUCAUCCGCCCGUCUGAGCGUAGCCCAUUGGUCUACGACCGCUGCUCCCGCGUCAACACCGACGGGACUGCACACGUUAUUGCUGCUGCCAAAUCCGCCGGCGCCGACGUCCUGGUCUUCACCUCAUCCUGCAGCGUGGCCCUGAAACCCGUCAACUUCUUCAACGCCCUCUGGAAGAAGUGGCCGACAAACUUUUUCCAGAUCCUGGACGAGACUGACUUCAAGAAGCCGCUGCGACCGCACGAUGAGUUCUUUGCCAACUAUGCGAAAUCGAAAGCCGAAGCGGAGCGCCUCGUCUGCAGCGCGAACACUAUACCACAGGACCCUUUGCAGCCCGGCGGCUUCCGCACCGGGUCCAUUAGACCGGGUAAUGCCAUCUACGGGCACAAAGACGACUACCUCGUCGGCUCAACGGUGCGCAUGGCCAGCCUCCCGACCUUCACCGCGCCUUUCAUGCAGAACUGGGUGCAUGGGGCCAACGUGGCGCUGGCGCAUCUUCAGUAUGAGGCGGCCCUUCUCGGGCCGCACGCUCACAAAGUAGCCGCUCGACCGUUCUUGGUCACGGAUGGGGGCCCGCCUCCGAUCUUCAAGGAUUUCUACACACUCGUAGAGUCUCUCAGCGUGACGAGCUUCCACGUGCAAUAUCCACCGCCGCUUCUCCUGCUACUGGUAGCACACUGCAUAGAAGCUUAUUGCCUGUCGCUUUGGCGGAUACCGAUGUUGCAGAAAGUGUUCCCAGAACCUCAAAUGCAGUUGGCCAUGCUGCAACCAGCGACUAUAGCUGGGUCCAUCAAUGCCAUAAUCAACGAUUCCGACGCGCGUAAACGGGUGGAAGAUGGCGGCUUGGGAUACCAGGCCAAGUGUACGACCAUGGAAGGGUUGUGUAUGCAGUUGGGGGCAUGGAACCGAUGGGUGAGGAGCGGAGGCGAGAAAGUGAGGAGCGAGAAGGGCGUGGUGAAAGACGUGCUCGAAGUCGCAGCAGAGCCUGUUGCGAGAAGAGCCUAG